AUGCAUCACAAAAUACAACCACCUAUUUUACGUAGGGAUUUGAAAGCCGAUAACUGCUUUUUGUAUGGUGCUUCAGAUGAAGAGUAUUUGAAUAUGAAGGUUGGAGAUUUCGGUUUGGCUACUCAUGUUAGCAAUAGCGGAAGGAGAGCCAUGCUUCGUACUCUUGGUUUUAUGGCACCAGAAAUUUUCGAUGAAAAAUAUGAUGAAAAAGUCGAUAUAUACGCAUUCGGUAUGCUGAUGCUAGAAGUGAUGACAAGUCGUACACCGUACGGUGAGUGUGAGACGGUUUUACAAGUAGCAGCUAAAACGAUGUCUGGUCAAGGUCCUGAUAUCAUGCAAAUGGUGUCAAACCCUUCCUUACGUGAGGUGAUGUGCCCAUGCAUACAGCUGUUAACGUGCUUUCGUCCUACUGCUGAUGAGUUGUAUUUCCAUCCGUUAUUUCAACCGAAAACGUUACCAGUAGAAGUAGAGCCAAAUUACGAUAACGCAACAGAUCGUGCAGAGGUACUAGAGCGUUUUGCGCGAUCUCUUGGUCCAGAAACGCGUAAUCCGAAUUUCAACUUGCGGUUAAGGUUUCGAGAUAAAAAGAUACUAAAAGGACUGGGAUUGGAUGAUGUUGAAUAA